AUGUACUAUAACAACUUCUCCGGAACCGUCUUCCCAGGCUGCUACUGGGGCAGCUAUGGCUACCCUCUGGGGUACAGCGUGGGCUGUGGCUAUGGCAGCACCUACUCCCCAGUGGGCUACGGCUGCGGCUAUGGCUACAGUGGCUGGGGUGGCCCUUUGAGCUACAGAAGAUACUGGCCAUAUGCUCUCUACUGA